AUGGGAAAUAUCUUUACUAAACCGGUUAUAAAUAAAGCUAAGAUACCAUUUAAUACAAACACAACUAAUAUGGAUUAUGAAAAUUUCCAUUAUGUUGAAGGCAGAAGGUUUCAUAAUGUGCAAACGUCCAAAUAUAUACUUCCAAAUGAUGACGAAGAAUGUGAUAGGUUGCAUAUGCAACACUUUUUGAUGAGAUAUGUUUGGCAGGGUAACUUUGCUUCUCCCGUUGAACACAUCUUGAAAAGAGUUGGCUCUAAAGUUCUUGAUGUUGGAUGUGGUGCUAGUUCUUGGUCAUUUGAAAUGGCAACCAAUUAUCCAAAUGCUGAAAUCACCGGCGUAGAUAUCUCACCCAUUUAA